AUGGACCCCGAGAGCGUCAUCCUCGAGGAGGAGAUCGACGAGAACUACGAGCCGUCCGAAGAAGAGAUCAUCGACUACGCGAAAUGGCUCGGCAUGGACCUCGACGCGGAGAGCGACCUGAUGUGGAUCGCGAAGGAGGGCCUGAAAGCGCCGCUGCCGGAGCACUGGAAGCCGUGCAAGUCCCCGACCGGGGACAUCUAUUACUUCAACUUUCAAUCCGGCGAGAGCGUGUGGGAUCACCCGUGCGACGAGUACUACAAGAAGCUGUACGCCACGGAGAAG